AUGCCUCGAAGAAAAGCAGCCGAAGAGCCUGACUCUCAACAAAUUCCUACGAGAUCCUUACGAAAAAGAAAUCAUCAAGAACUCGAAGCCAUCCCAGAAAGUGACCAGGAGGAGACGAGCCCUGUAAAACGACAACGCAGUUUGGGUUACCAGUCCCCAUCAGCCAUCGGCGAAACAAAUGAACAAAUAAAUGGGUUCAAUUCGAAUAGUGUAGAAGAUCAUGCGGCCAGCGAGGCCGAAUCAUUAUCGAAAGUCGACCUAGAAGAGACCCCUAAACCUGCUCCAAAGCGACGAGGUCGACCACCGAAGAAGGCAGUCAAUGGCGGGUCUCCCACGCCCAAAGCAAGCCGUACCGCUCUCUUUCAGACGCCCACAAAGAAAGCACGAUUUGGUCUGAACGCCGAUACGCCCGGAGGAGCAGAUCGAUCAGCCAAACGAAAGAGCACACGAGCAUUGAUCGAACAUGUCGUCGGCGACGACCUCACGGACGAAGAGUAUGACGGCCUAGCACAGCAAAUCUACGAAUCUAGUGAAGACGAAGAUGCUAUUGAGGGCGACAAUGCCGUCUCAGCAGAGGCACCAGGUGUAGACGAAGCCGCAACACCUUCCAAGUCAACACCUCGGCGCAAAGCUCAACGAAAGAAGCUUGCCAGAUCUCCGACCCCCCCUCGCGACUUGCCUCCUCACGAACUGUACUUUGCGCAUAAUAAACCCGGUCGGCCAAAGACAUCCAAUAAUACGCUUGGGUCUCUGGCUCUGCUCACUCACGACGAGUAUUUUACUAUUGUGAGAGAAACCAACGAUCAUCAUGAGGGUGAUAUCGAAUUCUUGGAGAGUUUACAUGCCAAGUCAUUUCCACAAUGGGCCUUUGAGUUGUCGCAAGGGUUCAAUCUAUGUCUUUAUGGGUAUGGCUCAAAGCGACGAUUACUGCACAAGUUUGCAGGUCACCUUCACUCUCGAAGCAAAAAGGACGGAGGAGACAAGAUUGUCAUGAUCAACGGUUAUGCUCCUAAUACUACAAUGCGUGAAAUAUUGAGUACAAUUGGUUCAGCUGUCGAUCCAGCCCACCGCAUUCCUCUCACACAACCUGCCGUGAUGGUCCCGGCCAUUCUCUCUCAUCUCAACACUAACUCUUCGAUAAUCACGCUUGUCGUCAAUUCGAUUGACGCAGCACCACUUCGCAAACCUGGGUCCCAAACUGCUCUAGCGCAACUUGCAGCGCAUCCUCGUGUACGAUUAGUAUGCUCAGCUGACACGCCAGACUUUGCGUUACUUUGGGAUAUCGGUGUGCGGUCGGCCUUUAACAUGGGGUUCCACGAUUGCACUACCUUUGCCCCGUAUACAGCCGAGUUAGACGUUGUGGAUGAGGUACACGAACUUCUUGGACGGAACGCUCACCGAGUCAACGGUAGAGAAGGUGUGGCGUUUGUUCUUCGCAGUUUGCCCGAGAACGCCAAGAAUCUAUUCCGUUUACUGGUUGGUGAAGUACUUAUCGCCAUUGAAGAAGAAGGCGAUGGCGGCGAUGAGCCAACUGGUGUAGAGUACAGAAUGGUGUACAACAAGGCAGUGGAGGAAUUCAUCUGCAGUUCCGAGAUGGCCUUCCGAACACUGCUGAAAGAAUUCCAUGACCAUCAAAUAAUCACGAGUAUGAAGGAUGCUCUCGGAACAGAACUGUUAAGCUUGCCGUUUAGAAAGGACGAGCUGGAGGCAAUUCUAGAGGACCUCACGUCAUAA